AUAAUGUCAUGUAGUUGUAAUCAGUAACUGUCAACACAGAAGAUCGAACGUAUCUAUAUACUGUUUUAAUAUCGAUAAAAAAUAAGAAAUAAAAUUAUUAAUAUUAUAAUAAAAAUAAUAAUCGCACGCGAUAACGGCGGUACGGUUGUUGUAGUUUGGUGAUGAUCUGAAAUGAAUUUAAUUAUUUCGUUAUGGAAAUGAAUAAUCGACGCCACAUAAUAAUAAUAUUAUUAUUAUUAUAAGUACACACGGCAGUUGUACGACACACACACAUGCACGUCGUACACACACACAAUCUCAGCUGACUAUCACGUCCGGUUGAUCGUCCAGCGAUAUGCCCGUCGAUUUGAAAUUCGCGAUCGUCGACGGCAACAAAUCGUCCGCGACCUCGACGACGGCGGAAAAGAACCGUCGAUGAUCGACGCUAACAGGCAGCCGCAGCAGCAGCAGCAGUAGUCCCGGUCCGUACGAAUCUCGCGGUAAGUGGACGCGACGCGCUCGACCGGAGUAGUGAUAACCGCUCUCGGUAAAAUCCUCUUAUUGCGUACUUUCGUCAUCGCCGCCGUCGCUUCCACUAUGUCGCGCGCGCGUGACUCACACACGUCGUUCCGUCAUUGACGGUGGGCCCCGCCGUGUCGCCAACACACAUUACACACACGGUCCGACCGCGACACACCGCGUCCUCGCUCCGCCGGUCCUUAAGGCGAAUGUUGGUCCGACCGUCGUAGUGGUGUCCCGUACGACUGACCUGACACUGCUUGUUUUUGUCUGAUUUUCCGGCACGGGCGCAGACCGCUAUGCCGUUCCCGCCUCCUCCGCCGCCGCCGCCUGCCCCUACAGCCCUGUCGGGCCCACCGCCGCCUCCGCCGCCGUCCGGACCGCCGCCGAUGUUCGGUACGGGUGCGAGCAAGAAGGGCGGCAACAACCCGCUGCAGGCCAGGGACCAGCUGCUGCAGUCCAUCAGGCUCGGCAAGCCCCUGAAGAAGACCGUGACCAACGACAAGAGCAGCCCGCUCAUCAACAGACAAUCAAGAACUCAAAUGCCACCAACUAAUAAUUUAUCACCGGUCUCAUUGUUUAAUCAAACAACUGCAAACCCCUCUCCUUCUAAUACAAGUACUCUUCCAUUACAGAAAAAAAAUGAUGGCAUAAGAAAAAUUCAAAAUGAUAUUAAACUAAGAGGACCACCUCCGCAACCACCACCAUUCAAUCAAAAACCAACUAUUCCUUCGAGUACUUCUGAACCUGUUUCAAUAAUACCACCUGGCGUUGGUCACAACCUGACAGGUAGUGUCCCAAGUCUUGUGUCUGAUAAUGCGGCAGGAAGAGGUCCUCCACCAGGUGGAUAUGGCAAACCAAAUGUAGCCCCAAAACCACCAUCUAUUAGGCCAGCUGUGCCCACAAAAAAGUCAACGUUGACAGUUAGUUCAACUAAUUUAGUAACUGCAGUUGAUGGAAGAAAUCUUGUAUCUAGAGCACAAAGCAUGAGGAUACCAAAAACACCUCCAGUUGCUCCAAAUAGUCAACCACCUCAAUUUAAUAACUUGACCAUUAGUAGUAAAAAUCAAUUACCUGCUUUCCAUCAAUCACAAGACAGUAUUUUGAGGAAUUCUCAGAAUCCUUCACCAAAUGCCCAAUGGGGAUCACGUACAUUACGGCCUAUUAAACAUCCAAACACUAGGCCACCACCUCCACCCAUCAAGGCACCAUUGAAUCCACCGGUGUGUGCUCCACCGCCACCACCACCUCCACAUCGAAGUGGGCCUCCUCCACCACCACCAAAUGUACCCCCUCAUAAAAGCUACCAAAAUAACAAUGUAACUAAUGGAGCUCCUCCAACACCUCCAACACGUCAUUCUUCUAUGCGAAAUGGUCCAACUUCUGUUUUAAGCAUGUCCUUGUUGGAGGAAAUGGAAAUGAAGUUUUCUACUAUGUUCAAACCAUUGGUUAGGAUUCCAUCGCCUCCAAUUUUCCAAAGAGUCGAUAAAAUUUAUAAUAGCAGACUAGUCGUUGCAAAACACCAAGCUCCUAAGCCACCAGGCUAUUGAACAGUAUAAUUUGUUUUGCUCAAGUGUGAGAAAUUUUGGAUUUAUAUUCCAAUAAUUUUACUUUCUACAUAGGUUUGUAUGUUAAAUAAUUUUUUCCUCAAGACAAAACUAUAUUUUUGCUUGUAAAAGUACAAUAUUAUUUCUUUUAAACCAAAGGCAUUAUUGUGAUAAAGAUAAUUUGAAAGUAUCAUUAAUGGUGAAGAAAAAGAGAAAAGUAUUUAUUUUUGUUUUUACAUGAAUUAUUCCAACAAUAACUUUACAGUACUAUUGUUAUUGAUAUUAUAUUUUUAAAUAUACAUUUUAAGUUUAAAUUAUAACAUUUUGAAAAGAAACAAUUUCCCCAAAAAUUUGUGAUAAUAUUUUUGCACUUGUUAUUGUACUAAAUGUGCUUUUAUUUUUAUACUUAAAAACCGAGGUUUUUUUUUUUUUAAUGUAAAUUAACCAAGUUGAUUAGUCUGUUUUUAUGGCAUGUAUCAAUAAGAAAAUAUUAUUUUUUCAAAAUUAAUUUGCCUAGUUGGCAUUAAAUUUUAUACCAUAUAGGACAAUAUUCAGUCAAUUUCUUCUGUUAUUAUGAUUACAUUUGCUAAUAAGGGGGGUAAUAUAUAUGUUUUUAUUUUAUGAUAAACUAUAUUACAUUAUUAUUUAUUGCAUACAUUUUUAUUUUACUUAAUCUCUCCUAGUCAUAAAUUUAGAUAAAUAAUUGUGUGUACAGUUGCAUUGUAUAUAAUCAUUAGGGAAAGGGAUAAUGAAAAUUUUAUAGUUGAAUGAAAUUUAUAAGAUAAAUAUAAUCAAAAAAAACCAACAUAAAUUUCCAUGAAAUUUGUUUGGUCUUUGUAUCAUUAAACUGACUACCAUUUUUAUUUUUACUUUCUUAUUGCUAUUCUUUUCUAUUACUAUCCCUACUACAUCAACAAUCAUACAAUCAUUUUUAUU